CGCCGUGGGCGCGGCGCAUGCGCGGAGCGGGCGGCGGUGGCGCGAGGCGAUGGCGGCCGUGGGGACGAUGGCGGCCAUGGGCCCGCUGCCCGCCAUGGGCGCGCUGCCGCCUCUGCCCACGCUCGGCGUGCCCGGCGUGCCCGAGCUGAAGCCGCUCACGCGCUACGAGGCGAUGCGGCUCGGCCCGGGCUGGAGCCACUCGUGCCACGCAAUGCUGUACGCGCCCAACCCGGGCAUGCUGUUCGGCCGCAUCCCGCUGCGCUACGCCGUGCUGAUGCAGAUGCGAUUUGACGGACUGCUGGGCUUUCCCGGGGGGUUCGUGGAUCGCCGUUACUGGUCCCUGGAGGACGGUCUGAAUCGGGUGCUGGGCUUGGGUUUAGGCUGUGUGCGCCUGACGGAAGCUGACUAUCUGUGCUCGCACCUGACAGAGGGGCCACAUCGCGUGGUGGCACACUUCUACGCCAGGCAGCUCACCCUGGAGGAGCUGCACACCAUCGAGAUCAGCGCGGUGCAUUCCCGAGACCACGGGAUGGAGGUGAUGGGCAUGGUCCGUGUCCCCCUCUACACCCAGAAGGAUCGCAUGGGCGGGCUGCCCAACUUCCUGGCCAACUCCUUCGUAGGAACCGCCAAGUUCCAGCUCCUGUUUGCCCUGAAGAUCCUGAACAUGGUGCCGGAGGAGAAGCUGGCCGAGGCGGUGGCUGCCACACAGAGGCCGAAGAAGGCGGCCAUCGACCACGCCGGAGGGGCAGCAGGACACCUGGCUGCCCACAAGGCGGGCAACGAGCUGGCUAAAGCGGGCAACGAGCUGGGAGAGAGGGCAGAGCACCCGGGCAUGGUGCACGCGGGGGCCGAGCAGCAGCUGGUGGGGCUGGAGGGCCAGGCCCUGGCGGAGCAGCUGGCGGGGGCCGAGGCGCUGGAGCAGUCAGUGGGGCUGGGCGCUGAUGCUGUGGCGGAGCAGGCGGUGGCCGAGGUGAUGGAGUGAUGCCGCCGUGUUGGCGCUCAAUUAAAAGUGGGUGAGCUGAGAGACUUCUAACUUUCCGACCCGUGGCUGGCUGCAGUGGCUGCCCACGCGAUCCCACUGCCCAGCCGGGAGGGGUUGGGUUUGUCUAAAGCAGGGAAAAGCAAUUUUAUUUUUAUGGCCAUUAAACUCUUAGCGAGCUUCCCAGAUCAACCUGCACAGCCCCUGCAGAGAGUUCAUGUGCUUAUGUGAGGGCGCCAGAGCCUUAGAAUUGCGCUUUGAUUUCAGGGACACACUGCUGCUGUCAGGUCCCCCUUUCGUUUGUAAGGAACAAAACAUCAAAUUUUUUAAAUGCCCCAUCUUGACUUGGAUGUGGCUGUGUUGGCUUUGGGCACAGCUGAGGCCUGGGGCUUUCAGUUAAGCACCUCUGCCCAUGAUAGUGGCCGGGCUCCCACUCGGGGUGUUGGCACAAUGGGGCAGCUGUGCCAUGAAUUCCCUCUGGGGUGUUGGGGAUGCUCAUGUGGGUCCCUAUCUGGAGAUCUGUGGGAGAAGGAAAGUGGAAUAAAUGGCUUUGCUGAAAGUUUAA